AUGUCAACUCCAGCACAAAAGGCCAACCUAGCUCGGAUCCGAGACAACCAACGGCGCUCCAGGGCAAGGAGGAGAGAAUAUUUGCAGGAGUUAGAGCAACGUCUACGGUUAUGCGAGUUGCAAGGAAUAGAGGCGACAACAGAAGUCCAGGUUGCAGCGCGGCGAGUUGCUGAAGAAAACAGACAGCUGCGACAACUCCUCAACGAGCAUGGAUUUAGCGACGAAUACAUCAGCCGCUUCCUUCAGGCUGGAGUCGCGGGAGCUCCAGAUAUGAGCCGCGGGCAGACUUUUGCGACUGGCGAGCCUGGUAUGGCUGUACAUGCGCUUCAGCAAGCAAUGGUCUCGCGACGACCAGCAAAUCUCGACUCUAACAUUCCCUUCUCCGUCACGAGCCAAGUCAUGUCAGACUCUUCCAUUUCGAGCACGCCAUCAGUUUCCUCCUCUGCGCCUUGGGACGCAAUUGCCGCCGAAUCUCCAUACGGCCACAAUCGCGGCAUGCAACUUCAGGCGGCCGCCAUGCCCAGCCAACCACCACAACAGCAGUACUCUGCGGCUAUGUUUAUGGGGAAUCAAGCCAGAGGACCGGAAGCGUACAUGGACCAAUCAGCGCAAAUGGGCUCUCUUGCGCCCACACCAGGCAUGACCCAGUCGAUGCAGCAGCAACAGGACAGAGGUCAGAUGCAAUAUGACGGCACGUUAAACACCUAUCAGACGGGGAAUGAAGGCAGCUACGGCGCUGGAUCUACCGGUGGAUGGACAGGGUAA